AUACAACACAAAAAGUUAAACAUUCGCUUUAGGAUUCGGAGUGGUGCAAAAGAGUGGUGCAGAUGUCAUUCCGCUACGAUCGACAUAGUUGGAUUUGUGAGUGUAUAACGUAUAGAUGAACAUAUUUUCACAAGUCUUGAUUGUUCUCAGAUUGUUCUACGUAGGCUAAAUGGAUUGUCAGCGCUUUUUAACGUAGAAACAGUGAGUUGUUGUUUACGUAUUUGUUCGUAAUUCUUCUGUCAGUGUUAGCCGCGGUUUGAGAAUCAUCCUCCGGCAGCCUAUGUGCCUUCCUCUCUAGCGUGACUACAGUAGCUCAUCAAACGUACGAACGAGGCUUGUGUUACAGUUAUGGAACCAUCAAAUAAAUGUUGGCGUUUCCGAAGGAAAUGUGUUGUUGGGCAAUGGAGAUACGUUGCUAUACUAUCUUCAGUAUUUAUUCUCGUCUACAUGGUAUAUACAAUUCAGCCAAGUGCUGUUGUUCAAUAUUCGCCUAGUUCGUCUGUAUUAGCCAGCAAUCAACAUGGAACCGUUAUUAAGUCUGUGCCUUUUUCCUACAAAUUUUCACCCACCAACAAUCUAAAUUUUACUCCAACUUUACUGGAACGAUUAUCGUCUGGUAAGGGUGUCCAGCCUACGCAAGGCAAUGCAUCAAAAUCAGAGGAUGGUGCUGAUUACUAUAAUGAUAAAACUCAUCAGAGUUCUAAAACUGGUACACUUAAUAAUAAAGGAACAAGUAAAUUACCAGAUGCAAUUAUUAUAGGUGUGAAGAAAGGUGGAACCCGUGCUCUUUUGGAAUUUAUACGCUUGCAUCCAGAUGUAAGAGCAUCAGGUCCAGAAACCCACUACUUCGAUCGUUAUUAUGAUAGGGGAGAGGAGUGGUAUAGAAAGCAAAUGCCUCCAUCAUUGGAAGGACAAGUCACGCUUGAGAAAACACCUGGUUAUUUUGUGACGGAAAAAGCGCCAGAAAGAAUUUUUAAAAUGUCCAAGAAAACCAAGUUAAUUUUAGUUGUAAGAAAUCCUGUAACAAGGGCAAUUUCAGACUAUGUACAAACAAUGAGUAAAGGAUAUAGAAACUUAAAGGAUUUUGAGGAUUUACUGUAUGAAUCUAACGGAAAAUUAGCGUCGGAGUGGGGCGUAAUACGGAUUGGGAUGUAUGCCAAACACAUGCGCAACUGGCUUAAAGUCUUCCCCUUAGAACAGUUCUUAUUUGUGAGUGGUGAAAAUCUGAUAAAAAAUCCUCAUGAAGAACUCGGACGUGUGCAAACCUUUUUAGGAUUGGAUGUAGUUAUCGAUGAAAGUUAUUUUUACCACAACCAGACUAAAGGUUUUCCAUGUUUGAAGAGAAAAGACGGACUUGAUACAUCAAAGUGUCUCGGGAAAACGAAAGGUCGUAAACAUCCGGAAAUACGUCCGGAAAUUCUUAAGCAGAUGUAUCAGUUCUACGAACCUUGGAACAAGAAGUUCUACAAGAUGAUAGGUAUUGAUUUUCAUUGGGAGGAUCAGUUUGGAACGCAAAAUGAGAGAUGAUGCAUAUUCAAUUACUCUAUUUAAAUAUUAUGCUAAUAAGAUAAACAAGCAAUGUUUAUAGUUAUAUUCACCAAUCUAGGCAAAUUUAAAUUUAACAUGAUGUUAAGUUUUCAUAAUAUAUAAAUAUAUGGUAAAUCAAAAUAUUCCUGCGUAUACAAGUAAUUUUGAGUCAUGUAUGAAACCACCAUUUAUACAUGUUUAUUUAAUAUUGCAGGUGUUGAUACUUGAAUAGAAUCCUAGGUGUUCAUGUUGAAUAUAUGAUCACAGGUGUUUUAUGAUCAAACUAUUAAAACUUACGUGGAAUAUGAUCAUAGGUGUUUAUACUUGUGUGUACUAUGAGCAAGUAUGCUUAUACUUGUGUGGAGUAUGAUCACAGGUGAUCAUAACCAUUGAAAUGUGAACACAGGUGUUCAUGCUUAUGUGGAUAGUGAUCACAGGUGGUCAUAACCAUGUAAAAUAUGAUCACAGGUGUUCAUACCUGCGUGGAGAGUGAUCACAGGUGCUUAUCUUGUGGAAUAUAAUCACAGGUGUUCAUCCUUAUGUGAACUAUGAUCACAGGGGUCUGUACUUGUGUGGAGUAUAAUCACAUGUGUUCAUGAUCAUGUGGACUGUGAUUAUAGGUGUUCAUGAUAUACAGUAAAGUGUGAAUGGUUCAUCCAAACUUCUAUUACCGGUAUUGCUCUCUGCAAAUAUUUUGUUUAAUGUAAAAUUAUUUUAUCAUAUAAUAAAAGAGCUUGUUGGUUUUUUUUUCUAAAUGUUCAAACAAUUGUGUCUAUGAAUUUAUUUGUUUUAAGAAUUUAAUUUAACAGUACGUCCAUAUUUUAUCCAUUUUCUAUAAAAUUUAUUAACAAAAUAUAAGGCAACAGGGUAAAAUUAUAAGUUGAAUAUUUUCAUCUUAUUCAAUCCUAAAUUUUCUGAUGAAUUAUAAUUUGCGACCUAUUAAUAUUAAUGCAAUAUAUUUUUAUUAAACUCUUUUUUACUUUUGACUUCAUAGAAGAAAAUUACUAUCAAAUAUAUGAUACCUCGACGUACUUGCACCGUUUCCAUUUCUAUAAAACUAAUUCAUUACUAUUACUAAAAAUAGCUUAAAGUUUUUUAAUAGAAUUCGCCUGCCUUCGAUACUUUUGAUACCAUUGAGCUAAAUUUCAGUCACUAUCAAAUUGUAUGUGACAAAUUUGUUUGAUGAGCACAUUUAUGUGUACUGUAUGGUGAUAUAUUACAACCAAAUAUGGGCAUAUCACAUUUUUUGUUACAUAAAAUUUAGUAGUGUGCAGAGAGCUUAAAAUAUAUAAGAAAAAAACAACCGUUCAGCAUGGAAAAUGCAACUUGGUCCUAAAGCUGUGUUGAGCUUUGUAAGAUAUAGGCCUACUGAAAACCCUAUAAUGUUUAAAUAUUUGAUAAUAUCAAUUAGUUCUUACAAGUACAGUAAUCUUUAAUUUUGAAAAUAAAUGGCCAGUAAACUGAGACAAAAAUUCCCAACGAGAAGCAGAAUAGAUACAAUUAAAUUUAUAAUUAUACAAAUCCAAAUUAAUCUUUAAUAAAUAAGGUUUUAAUAUAUUUUGAACAAUGGAAUGCUUGCAUCCUCAUCGAUAUAUGAUCAUCCUGUCAGGCCUCGAUUUAAACAAUACACGUCCUCAACGAUUUUUCAGUUUACUUUGUGUUGUUAUGGUCAUAUCUACAGCUAAUUAUCGACAUAGGAAUGUUUGAAUCCAAUGAAUUUAUGAGUAAACAAUUUCUUAGCCUCUGAUUAUGAAAGUUUGUGGUUGUAAAAAUGGGUAAAUCUCGAAGAAAUCAUGAAAUUAGAAAUUUACUAGUUUUCUGGUUUCAAAGUACCUAUCACUGGGGCAUAUGUGAGUGAUGAUACUCUAAUUACUUGUAAGUUGUGUUUUUUCUUAGGUUAAACUUAUCCAAGGAAGCCAAUUAUGAUAUCUAACCAAUCUUGUAUAUAGGUUUAUUAAUAAAUAGCUCCUAACUGUAUUAAAUAGAUGAAGAAAUCUACUGUAUUAGAGGCUGUAAGUUUGUUAUAAAAUUUUUAAUUAAUGUAAGAGAUAUAUAGUAAUGAAUGUUAAAAUGUUCACUUGUGUGGGUGCUAGUGAAUUCUUUGAAAUAUUCUUUAAAUAUGUUUUUAUUUCAGGAUGUUUUAUUGUUAAUGAUAGUAGUAACUGCCAUCAUUACACUUUUAUUAUUCUUUUGAAUCAAAAGAAAACAACAUUAUUCUUUACAUCCGAGUUAAAAUUUAUUUCAGCACCAACAAAGUUAUUAUUAGAAUAGAAGAAAACGGGUAAACUCAUGAUUGCUGUAUUUAUAUAUAACGCAAAUUGAGCAACGGGAUAAUUUGGUGUGAUUGUCUCCAAUAUUGGCAAGAGUACUGUAGCUUCCUAAUGGAAGUUGGCACUGUAUCAACUGUAAACAGUGUUUUAUUUUUGUUUUUUGUUUUUUUUUUUUUGUAGAAAAGAAAAAAAUGUAUAAAUGUAUGUAAAAUAGUUAACCUGUAGCCAGUUAAGCCAGUCAAGUUAUGUUAUGUUUUGUUUCAUAAUGGUAAUGUACAGAAAUUCAUAUUUAUAUCAACUUCUGGUCUUCAGUCCAGAUUUAUGUAGUUCAUGUACUUAAAUAUGACACAAAAAUUCUAUAGAGAGCUUUUUGUUAUUAAAGAGAAUAUUAAUUGUUCUAUAUAGACUUCCAAAAACAUUACAUUAUCCAGAAUGAUGCUGGGAAAAAAACAGCUGGCAUUCUGGUUUCUUUCAGGGUUAAUACCAUAGUUUCUUGGGUAUAUGCCCAUGUUAGGUACUGUAUAAGCUCACCCCCCCCCCCACUUUACGCCCAGCAUUACGUACCAUCCUUUCUUCAGGCAAAAGCCCAAUGUAUGAUUUGAAUGAGUAGUUUAGCUUGCACUAAAUACUGAAAGAAAAACAAAUAUUUGAUUUUGAUCGAAAAGGGGAUUCAAAGAGGGGAUGGGUGAGCUUAUACAAGAAGAAAUAUGGUAAAUCCUUUUAUUGAAAAGAGUUACAUUUGGUGACUGCCAUCUUUUUCUGCUGGUGCUAAUUUUCGUAGUGUUUUAUCGCACAACUACCUUAUGUAUAAAUAUAUGUUUUUUUGGUUUUUUUUGCAAAGUAUCUAAGAAACUAAGAAUCAUUUUAAAGUUAAGCAACAUUUUUGGCUCCUUUUGUUGGUGUACUGUAUAUGUAAACCAAAUUUGGUGUUGACAUAUAUGUAAAAAUAUAUAUAAAUAAUUUUACCCCAAAAAACAAAUUUACUACUGUUGUUGAAUCAUCUGGUUAGUGGUCAGAAUUAUUAAUUUGUAUGCAUUGCCUCAUCUAUGUUAUUAUAUAAAGAAAUUUGAAUAAAUACAUGUUUAAUUGGUAAUAAGAUUAUGGAAAGGGGUGUAUGAUAAAUUAUACUUUAUAAUCUUAAAGUGAAAUGUAAAAUUAUUGUUUUUAAUAUUUUUUAAAAACUGAGGAGUCUGUUGAGCAAGCUACAAUACUUUUUCCUAAAGGACUCUGUGUGCUUCAUGAACUAAAUCUUAUUAUCAGACGUCAGGAUUGGAACUGUUUUUUAGUCAUAAGAAAAAAUCCUGGAUUAAUAAAAACCCAGUAAUUUAAGGGCCAAGCAUCAUGCAGUAGCAGUACCGCUAGCAAGUGUUCUUAAUUUGUCUUAUUUUCUAAAGCAAGACAUUUGAUUACAUUGGUGACAAUAUAUUUAAUUUUGAAUUUAUUCCAUCACAUUCAACAACAGGUUCACUCAUCGAGUACAGGGUAAAUCUACUGUACAAACUAAGUCUCAUUGAAGCUUUUAGGGAGUAAGAUCUUCUUUGUCUUCAUAAAAAAAAAUCCAGGACCGACCAGGGUGUUUGAAGUUUAGCUUUUUAAGUACAGACUUCUGGACAUAUGUAUUACAGCAUGCAUUAAACAAAAAUUAAGAAUAUUACAUUGAAGAUUUCAACCACUGCUACGAUUAGAUCAUUCUAGUCACUGGUCACAAAAGAUGGAUGCUGUUAUCCCAUUUCUAGCAUGUUUUCAGCAGUCAAACAGACUGCUGUUCAACCCCUGCUAUGUUGUCACCAGCCAUUGACCCAUUUUAGCAUGUUGUCACCAGGACCAUGGCAAGAACAUUUUCAAUUACUGUUUUUUAAAUUACCUUACAUUAACACCAGUAAUGGCAAACAACUUCCAAAACAAAGGUAUGUAUACCCCAAGACACUGAUCUGUGUCAGAAUCCAUUAAAAGUCUUGGUUGGAACAUGCCAAUGUUUUGAAACUUCUGUGCCAUUUCUGGUGUUGUUCUCCAGUAACAGUUGGCAUGUUGCAGUGUAAAUGUGAGGUGCAAACAGCAGCAAUAAAGUACAAUUUGUUGUCAAA